AUGGAGAAGGCAAUGCAAAUGACUGGAGAAACCUUAACCGAAGAACAAAUCAAAACACUGAAAAAAACUUUCCAAGCCAUAGAUCUGGACAGGGACGGGCGGAUAGGUGAACGCGAUCUCAAUAUGGCGUGCCGGAAGUUGGGAAUCCUGCUGUCACGUGACGAGCUCAAGGCGAUGAUCAAAGAGGCCGACAAGGACAGAAACGGUUUCAUAGAGUAUCGCGAGUUUGAGCGACUCAUGGCACCACGGCUGAUCAUUGCCAACUUCAAAACCAAGCAGCUACAGUUGCAGUUCCGGCGAUUUGACAAAGACGGAGACGGUUUCAUUACAGGAGAAGAGAUACGCACGGUUCUAAGAAGUGAAGGGGUCGAAAUCACAGAUGAGGAGUUAACCCAACUUAUUAUAGAGGGAGAUACAAACGGGGACGGUAAAAUAAGCUUCGAAGGCAUCGGGAAGACUGGACACGUCGGAGCCGUCCGAUGA